AUGGACGAUUUCAGAUCUGUUCAAGAUCUGGUGCUCGACAGUCUGUAUUUUCGUCAGUGUCAUGAGCGUCUCAACACGGUAAGGGUUGCCCACCACGAGACUUAUGAGUGGGUUUUCUGUCCCCCCGAAGCCGACAAGCCUUGGGCACCAUUCGUCGAGUGGCUCGAACGCGGCAACGGCUGCUAUUAUAUAAGUGGCAAGCCCGGUUCCGGGAAGUCUACGUUGAUGAAGUUCGUGGUCUCGCACCAGCGCACCAGCGCUGCACUCGAGAGUUGGGCAGGCGGAACCCCCAUUAGAGCCUCGUUCUUCUUUUGGAACCUGGGUUCGCCCCUGCAGAAGUCUUCGGACGGCUUGCUCCGCGGACUUCUUAAUGAUUUGCUCACGCAGCUGCGGAGCCUAAUAUCCGUCGUCAUGCCAGAUCUCUGGCAAAGGGCUGCCGUGGCCGGUGCCAGUCUCGACAAGUUCUCUUUGGACGAGCUAAAAAGAUGGAUUCGGAAGCUCCUGUCCCAAGACACUACAUCGCUAAAAUUCUUCAUCGUCAUCGAUGGCAUUGAUGAAUUUGAGGGUGAUCAUGACGAACUAGUGGAGCUGAUCCGUGACGUUGUCAAGAAUAAGAAUGUCAAGGUCCUCCUCUCUAGUCGGCCUACCACUUUUUCUGAAGAGUCAUUCAGGGACUGCCCGGUUCUGCGCUUGCAUGAUCUCACCAGGGGGGACAUACAGAAGUAUGCAGGAGAUUACUUGUCUGGAAAACUGAGGCAACGGCACGGAGCUCAAUGGGCAGCCCUGAUUGACGAAAUUACAGACAGGUCGCACGGCGUCUUUCUUUGGGUCGUACUGGUCGUUCGAUCACUGAGAGAAGGGCUUAUCGAUGGUGAUUCCAUCAAGGAAAUGGGUCAGCGACUGGAUGAGUUGCCAAGGGACCUUAAAGCGCUAUAUGACCACAUGAUCCGAAACCUUUCGCCCAGAUACCAGCAGCAAGCGUCCGAGAUGUUCCAGCUCCUGCUCAAGGCUCAACAAGUACAGUCUUCU